ACACAGCAUUUUGGCGCUUCGAUCGACUCCUAAGGAGGAUGGGGGAAAUGUGCACUGUUGGAAAACAUCAUGCGACACCGAUGGAUAGUAAAAAUAAUUAGGCGCUAAUCUUCCCGUACGACAGUAUACUGUUACGCGGUGCUUGUCGACCCACAAGUUCCUUCUGUGUCGUAGGGGCUUGGGAGCAUUUACUGGGAGGAGAACACCGAGAUUCCUCCUCAUCUUAGACUUUUCUUUUCUCGAAUGGUGACGAUGAGAUGACGACACGCUCAUCGUCGGCUCUCAAUUCAUUGUCCCAUUGAUGAAAUAGGAACAGCUGGACGUUGAGCAAACUUCGCAAACCCUUGAACUUUUUCUUGUUCCUGUCAUCAUGUCAUUUGUAUUCUCCAUACUAUUCCCGUAAAGGCAUUCUCUCAGCUCAACCUACGAGCCAGUUGAACAAGCGCCAGCACAUCUCGGUUCCCGGCGUCAGUGUUUGUGUUCCCCCGGUUGGAUAGUUCACUUUCUUCUAGAAUGUCCAGAGUCCGGAUGGGGGCGGGGACUCAUCGCAUCGUUCGUAGUACAUGUUUUAGGGCUGAAUUACACGCAUGCAUCAACAUAGGGAGCUAGGUGUUCGGCGAAAUUUCUAAACAUGGGGCUGAAUUCAGAGUUUAAUGAAGAUGCCUGAUCAACUCCAUCGCUCCGGAGAAACCCAUAAGUCAUUGUUCAACGCUUCCCGUGCAAUCGGGUACCGCGUAAUCCUACAAUUGAUGGCCUGCUCACAAACCUUGCCGUACGCCAAUUGCGUCUGUUGGCCACCUCUCGCAAUGACUCCACAGGUUUACUCGGUGCCAGUAGUGUUGUCGAAAGUGUCUUGCGGAUGA